UGUGUUUCCUCUUUACAGUGCAGCUCCAGGAGCCAGGGAGAGAAGGAGAUGUACACUCUGGGCAUCACUAACUUCCCCAUUCCUGGAGAACCUGGCUUCCCUCUCAAUGCUAUGUACGUCAAGCCUGCAAACAAGCAAGAGGACGAGACCAUGAGAGCGUACCUCCAGCAGCUCCGCCAGGAGACCGGCUUGAGGCUAUGUGAUCGCGUGUUUGACCCCCAGACAGACAAACCCAGCAAGUGGUGGGUGUGCUUUGUCAAAAGGCAGUUCAUGAACAAAAGUCUGUCUGCCCCGGGACAGUGAACAACUCAGGACUCAGGUUUCGAUUCUGCACCUGCAAGACGGAUCGAUUUUUUUUUUUUUGGUGGGUUGGGGGGGGGUUGUGAUUAUGCAUUGAUAAAAUGAUUUUAUACUCUUUAACAUUAGGGAGAUGUCUUCUCUUGUCUGGAUGUUAACCAUUUUGAGCUUAAUUCAAUAAAACAAUCAUGGAGAUUAGAAUAUAA